AUGGGUACUACCACUGACACUGAUGGAGCUGUAGAAGUCUACACGAAGCCAACCAUAGAGGCAGAUCUCGCUAUUAUUUCAGCCCCCGAGACGUUGAGUCGCGUGUUCUCGGACAAAGAGCGACAACGGUUCAUUGAUCGAGCAGCGCAGCUACUUUUCACCUCCGAAUUUGUCACACCACUCGCGCUGUAUACGAAAUUUGUUGUCCCAUUCAUUUUUGCCGCAUGCACAGCUAUCCUGUUCCACUUGCCGAACCACGACUAUGAUGAUGCCGUUCUCAAGGAAAACAUAAGCUGCGUGGCAAUGUUGGGCGUCUCCGAGCUUUUGGUGCUUUUGGUGUGUAGCGCUAUACUCCAGCGAAGACUCGACAUUCCCAUGCUACACAUGGUCUCCUUUGGGCUUGCCUACGGGGGGAGGAUGGUGCAAACGAACCUGUUCCUUGCCAUAUUCUACCCCAUCCAAAACUCACAAUGGUACGCGGCUAGCAUAGAAUUCAUCACUUGUACAGUACACUACACUAAAACGUGCCUUUUGCUAACCUCUUCUGCACCAUUAAGGGGCUGA